AUGAAACUUCAUUGGCCCGCCAUCUGCAUCGCUGGUGCGAUCGCAUCGGCCAUUCCCUCGGCCGCUUCCCACGAACUGCAUCUGCCCUAUCUGCCCACUCUCGAUCCGGAAGACCCCGUCGACACCUAUCUGUCAAUCAAAUGGGCCAUUCAGAACGGUUCUCUCUAUGCCAACGAAGACCAGGUCUUCCCACCUGCCAUGUCGAUGCAGUUGCAUGCGCCGCUGUAUGAAGGCCAUCGCAAGACCCGUAUCGAGCAAGAGGACAUCCAGCUGUCCUAUGCCAUCGAUGCCCGCCCGCUGUCAUCCGAGGAAAAUGGCUCCAGGAGUGACAUCCUGCGCGUCCACGUCGAGUUGCUCGACAAGACCGGCCGCCCCGUGACCCCCAACGCCGUCGUCCUCGAUCUGCUCGACCAUCCCGAUGGUACCUACCGCAUUACCCGCAUCCGCAGGGGCACUUGCCGUGGGCACCGUGGGGAUCGCCACCCCCAGCCCCGGCCGUGGCAGAUGAAGUUCUGGAAGACGCAGGUCAACGCGCUGCUGAGCCACGAGGAGAAGCCGGCCUCAUUCUCUUCACCCAAACCUCUCAAUGCAAAGCCCGCUCAGCCCCAGAAGGCGGCAACCGCCGUCUCCGACACCGAGUCCACCUCUCACGUGGGAUACAUUUUCUCUCCUUACUGGUUCCCCUCGACCUACCCAACACGGCCACCGCCGUCCGCACAGCCACGACCAAAGCGACUCUUUUUGCGCCUCGUCCGUCCUGUCAUCCUGCCCGCCUUGCUCGGAGCCGGCGCGGGCCUGGUAGCCUGUGUGGUGGGCUUCUGCGUCGGUCAUCUCGUUAUAUCGCUUUCCGUUCGUCUAGGUCUCUGCAAGAGGCGCGAGCGUCGCCGCCAUCACUCUCGCCCCGCGUGCAUUGAAGAGGGCACUCUUUCCGAAAAGUCCCAGCUCAUGGUCCCGCAGAUCCAUAUCUCACCGUCGACCGACAUAUGA